UUCAUUGACUCAUGACUGUUUUCUGUUCAUUUCUCGUGGGAGAAUUUCCCUACCAUCUCUUUUCAAACGCUUUUACUCUCUCUCUCUCUCUCGUUUUGAUAAAGAAACUGGGGAAAAAACAUCUGGUCCGUGAAACCAGCACCGGGACGUCGUACUCUCCUCUCCUCAUCAAUCAUGGAAGCUCUGUGAAUGUUGAGGGAGUUUUAAUGAAUACCCAAGUUCUGUGAGUGGAGUGUCUUUGUGUUUGUUCAAGUUUCUUCUGAUUUUUGGAUGGACAGUGUUAGAAGUUGUUUAGUGUUCGAGUUUCGAUAAUGAACUUUUGGUGGGUCUGGGUUUCUCUGCAAGCAAGAAAUGGGUGACUUCUAAGAUGCUUGGAUACUGAGAAAUUGCACUUAAGUGUGGAUUUGAAGUUGGAGGUGAUUGCAUUUCGGGUUUCAGUCUUUCAGAGCUUUCAUUCAAGUUGUGGGAGGUUGAAAGGCCUAAUUGUUUUCUCAUAGGAAGCUCUGGUUCUUGAAGAUGUUGUUGAUUAGUGACCAAGUUCUUUGAGAAGAAAGUGGGGUUUCAUCACAUCAUAAAUUUUGAUUCUUUGAUUAAAGGAAAGAAAAAGGAGAUUUGUGGCGAGACGUUCAGGCUUUCUUCACAUAAAGUCUGAGUGCUUUGGAGAAAAGAGAAGGUUGUUUUGACGGAGUCAUUGUUUUUGGAUGGAAAAGAGGGAGCUAGUGGUGAAUGUCAGGCCUUAGUUAGGACUGGUUCAGGCAUUCGCCGGUCUCACUGGGCCCUGAGGGAGUGAGUUCUGUGCAGGAUCUAUGCCUUGCUGAUUACUUUUGUGCUCCUUGUUUUGGGAAAUGAUAUAUCUCUUCAUGUUCAUUCUCAUGGUAUGUUCUAAACACUGUUGAGCAAGAAGUGUUCUACAAGGAAGAGAACCUGCAAUGGCCUUUUCUCCAUGGUUUUCUCUUUUCCUGCUUGGGUUUCUGUACAGAACCCAGUUGGUGGUUGCACAGAAGGAUGAUCGAUCAACAAUGUUGGCACUUAAGGAAGAGCUCUCAGUACCUGGAUGGGGUUCUAAUGAAUCGGAUUACUGCACUUGGGCAGGUGUACACUGCAGCUCCAACGGGUCUUCGGUGGAAAUGCUUAAUCUUUCUCACUUUGAGCUCCGAGGUAAUAUAAGUUUAGCCUCUGAGCUGAAAGCUUUAAAGUGGCUUGACCUUUCUUACAAUAACUUUAAUGGACCAAUCCCUCCAGCCUUUGGGAAUCUGUCCCAGCUCGAGUUUCUUGACUUAUCGUGGAAUAAGUUUGGAAGCUCGAUUCCCCCUGAGUUGGGAAACAUCAGAAGCCUUCGGUCAUUGAACCUCUCCAAUAACUUUCUUGUUGGAAGAAUACCUGAUGACCUUCAGAAUCUGAAAGGUAUACAUGAUCUCCAAAUUUCUGGAAAUAAAUUGAAUGGUUCCAUCCCUAAAUGGGUGGCCAACCUAUCCAAUCUGAAAGUUUUUACAGCCUACGAGAAUGAAUUAAGUGGUAAAAUUCCAGAAAAUUUAGGCUCUUCAUCUGAGCUCCAGUUGUUGAACCUUCACUCAAACUACCUUGAAGGGCCUAUACCAAAGGCCAUUUUUGCUUUGGGGAAGCUGGAAGUUUUGGUCCUGACAAUGAAUAAGUUGACUGGGAAUGUUCCUGAAUUGGUUGGGAACUGCAAAGGCCUUUCCAGUAUCCGAAUUGGGAACAACAGACUUAUAGGAAAUAUUCCUAAAGCCAUUGGUAAUGUGAGUAGCCUUACAUAUUUUGAAGCGGAUUAUAACAAUCUUUCAGGUGAGAUUGUUCCAGAGUUCUCUCGAUGCUCUAACCUCACCCUCCUGAAUUUAGCCUUUAAUGGGUUUACGGGGAUGAUUCCUCCAGAGCUUGGAGAGCUUAUGAACCUGCAGGAAUUCAUUGUUUCUGGUAACAGUCUCUUUGGAGACAUUCCCAAGUCCCUUCUUAGGUGCAAGAACCUUAACAAGCUUGAUCUAAGCAAUAACAGAUUCAAUGGAACCAUACCACAAGACAUUUGCAACACAGCAAGAUUGCAAUUCCUUCUAUUGAGCCAGAAUUCAAUAAGAGGGGAGAUACCUCAUGAGAUUGGAAAUUGUGUAAAACUGUUAGAGUUGCAAAUGGGCAGCAACUAUUUGACUGGCAGUAUUCCUCCAGAGAUUGGUUGGAUUAAGAAUUUGCAGAUAGCUCUCAACUUGAGCUUCAAUCAUCUUCACGGACCUUUACCUUCUGAAUUGGGGAAACUGGACAAGUUAGUUUCGUUGGAUGUUUCUAACAAUCAGCUUUCUGGGAAUAUCCCAUCUGCACUGAAGGGCAUGAUGAGCUUGAUUGAGGUUAACUUCUCCAAUAAUCUUCUCACAGGCCAAUUACCAACAUUUGCACCAUUCCAAAAGAGCCCACAGUCAAGCUUCUCAGGUAAUAAAGGGCUCUGUGGAGAGCCUUUAAAUUCCUCCUGUGGGGGUUCUUUUGGUCCUAGUGGUGAAGGUUACCAUCACAAAGUGUCAUAUAAGAUCGUUUUAGUUGUGAUUGGUUCUGGUUUGACAGUGUUUGUUUCUGUAACAAUUGUUGUUGUACUGUUUAUGAUGAGGGAGAAGCAAGAAAAAGCUGCCAAGCUUGCUGCAGGAAUUGCAGAUGAUGUAACUGCUAACCCACCGUUGAUAAUAGCAGGAAAUGUCUUUGUUGAGAACCUCAGGCAGGCAAUAGAUUUUGAUGCUACCGUUAAAACAACUCUUAAGGAUUCAAAUAAGCUCAGCACAGGAACUUUCAGUACUGUUUACAAGGCAGUUAUGCCAUCUGGGCUAAUUCUAUCAGUAAAGAGACUUAAGUCUAUAGACAAAGCAGUAAUUCAUCACCAGAACAAGAUGAUUAGAGAGCUCGAAAGGCUGGGCAAACUCUGCCAUGAGAAUCUGAUGAGGCCUGUGGGUUUCAUAAUCUAUGAAGACAUUGUUCUCUUGCUGCAUGAGUACUUACCAGGUGGCACAUUAGCUCAGCUACUUCAUGACUCCAGUUUGAAAGCUGAAUAUGAACCAGACUGGCCAACAAGGUUCUCCAUUGCUAUAGGAGUAGCACAAGGGUUGUCUUUCCUUCAUCAUGUGGCCAUUAUCCAUCUUGAUAUCUCCUCAGGUAACAUAUUGUUAGAUGCCAAUUCCAAGCCUUUGGUUGGGGAGGUUGAGAUAUCAAGGCUCUUGGAUCCAUCAAAGGGUACUGCAAGUAUUAGUGCAGUGGCAGGGUCAUUUGGUUAUAUUCCCCCAGAAUAUGCAUACACCAUGCAAGUUACAGCACCAGGAAAUGUUUAUAGCUAUGGAGUUGUGCUACUUGAGAUUCUUACAACACGACUACCAGUUGAUGAGGCCUUUGGUGAAGGGAUAGAUCUAGUAAAAUGGGUUCAUGGAGCUCCAGCAAGAGGAGAGACCCCAGAACAGAUACUUGAUGCAAGGUUGAGCACAGUCUCCUUUGCUUGGAGGAAGGAGAUGCUUGCAGUUCUGAAGGUCGCUUUGCUAUGCACGGAUAGCACACCAGCCAAACGGCCCAAAAUGAAGAAGGUUGUGGAGAUGCUCCAAGAAAUAAAGCAAAGCUGAUGGUAUUUCAUUUAUUUGAGCUUCACAGAUUUCUAAAACCUGGGAGCCAGAAUCUCAUAGUUAUAAAUUUCUUAUACUUUUGAAUAUAGAAAUAUCAGUUGAAUUCUCCACUAUCAUCAUCCAUCAAAGGAAGAGGAUCCUGAAGGUUGGAAGAAGGGGUUCUUAGAUGAAGGCCCUGGAGAAUGUGUUAGCUCUCAUAGGUUAGUCUUUCACAUUGUCGAUCUGCUUGCACUUUAAAGUGUUUACUGGAGAAGGCAGCAUGUAUACAUUUUGAAUUGUUAACAGGAUUGGGGGAUGUAUUCAUGCAAUGAAUGCUUUCAAUUUCUGCAAAUAUUUUUUUUCUAUAA